UAUGAGAGAGAUUGAAGAAGAGUUUAUAACCUUCAUCGAAGCUUGGGCAUCUGCAAUAAUCUCAAUAUCUUAUUGUUACUACAUUUCACAAAACAUCAAAGCUGGUUUCUUUAGAUUAAUCUCUCUUCUUCCCGUAGGUGCUCUGUUUUUUGUUCUUCCUCUGUUUUUCUCGUCUGCGCAUUUCUCUUUCCUCACAUCUGGUUUCCUCACAUGGCAAGCCAAUUUAAAGCUCUUACUCUUUGCUUUCGAUAAAAGUCCUCUAUCCACAACUCCCCCAAAUCUCAUCCAUUUCCUUUGCUUCAUUUGUCUACCCAUCUAUCCCCAACGAAACCCUAAUUCUCAGGAUCCUUUCCCUAAAUGGCUUUUUGCUGUGAAAGUCUUACUCUUUGGUGUUGUUUUACAUGUGUGUAGUAAUCACAUAGAAAAGUUACACCCGAUUCUGCUAUUGGGUCUCUAUCCUCUGCAUGUAUACCUGUCACAUGAGAUUCCCUUAACGCUCCUCAAUGAUUUGCUUACUAUCACUCUUGGUUGCGACCUCGAGCCUCAAUUCAACGAACCAUACUUAGCCACCUCUCUUCAAGACUUUUGGGGCCGCCGGUGGAAUCUCCCUGUCUCAGCUCUUCUCCGGUCAAGCGUAUUCAUCCCUGUGCGGCGAGUAUGCAGCCACUUAAUGAACUCCGAACGUGCUGCAAUCAUCGGGGUUUUGGCUUCGUUUCUCGUAUCCGGUUUGCUUCAUGAGAUGAUGUUCUUCUAUAUAACCCGUGAAGCGCCUACAUGGGAGGUUACUUGGUACUUUGUGUUACAUGGGGUUUGCACGGUGGCUGAAGUUAUUGUGAAGAGGAAAAAAUUCGUGGGGCGAUGGAUGGUGAGACCGGUUGUUUCACGAUUGUUGACGGUGGGGUUUGUGGUUUUGAGCGGCGGUUGGUUGUUUUUCCCUCAGAUCAAACGGAGCGGCGUAAUUAAGAGAUUCGCCAGUGAAUCUUUGUUGUUCACUGAUCUAAUAAAGCAUGACUUGUCUAUUUUCUUGGGAUUGGUGGAACCCUGAU